AUGAAAAUAUAUUGGUUUCGUCUUACAAAAGGUAUUAAAAAUUAUAACUUGAAACUGUUUUAUAGAAGUUUGUCAAAUAUUCCAGAAAUUAAUAAAAGUCCAAGGACUAUUAAACUUUUAAAUUAUAAGUAUUCAACUGAUAAUUGGACGAAUAUAACACCAAAAAUUAUUUCUCAUUUGGGGCAAAAUCUGCACAUUGCAAAAAAUCAUCCUUUAUCGUAUGUCAGACAACGAAUUAUAAAUCAUUUUUAUAAAUCCUAUUUGAAUCGUUUAGGAAAUCCUUUAUUUAGUGUUUAUGAUAAUAUAAAUCCUAUUGUAACAACGGUACAAAAUUUUGAUUCACUACUAAUUCCAAUAGACCAUGUCAGUAGAGCAAAAAGUGACUGUUAUUAUAUAAAUCAGGAAACUUUGUUGAGAGCUCAUACGACAGCUCAUCAAGCAGAAUUAAUAGCAUUGGGUUUAGAUAAUUUUUUAAUUAUUGGUGAUGUUUAUCGUCGAGAUGAAAUCGAUUGUACACAUUAUCCAGUUUUUCAUCAAGUAGAUGGGGUACGAUUGUGUACUAUGGAACAGAUUUUUAAAAAUGUAAGGGAUCCAAGCAAACUCAAUAUUUUUGAAUAUGGAAGUAAUGAAAGUAUAGAUAAACAAAGAUACCAUACAUUAGAAGCAGUAAAAAUAAUGGAAUACGAUUUAAAAAAAACACUCGUUGGUUUAGUUCAAACAUUAUUUGGUAAAGACAUUAAAUAUCGAUGGGUUAAUCAGAUUUUUCCUUUUACUCAUCCUUCGUGGGAACUCGAAAUUUGUUUCAAUGAUAAGUGGCUAGAAAUACUUGGUUGUGGAAUAAUACGACAAGAAAUUUUACAUAAAACUGGUGCUGUCGAUAGGAUAGGAUGGGCCUUUGGUCUUGGUCUUGAAAGACUUGCUAUGUGCUUAUACUCUAUUCCUGAUAUAAGAUUGUUUUGGAGUACAGACAGUGGAUUUUUAAAUCAAUUUGUAACAGAUAAUAUUAAUUCAUCUAUUACAUAUAAACCCAUUAGUCUUCACCCGCAAUGUACUAACGAUAUCAGUUUUUGGCUGCCUCAAGACAUAGAAUAUUCUUCAAAUGACUUCUAUGAUAUUGUAAGAGAGAUUGGGGGUGAUAAGGUUGAGCAAAUUCUUUUAAUAGACACGUAUGUUAACCCAAAAACUAAAAGAACUUCGCAUUGUUAUAAAAUUGUUUAUCGGCACAUGGAACGAGUACUUUCUCAAGAAGAAGUGAAUAAAAUUCAUAAACAAAUAGAAAUAACAAUUUCAAAGCAAUUAAAUGUAGUAAUUCGUUAA